GUUCACUUCAUGUACCUUUGCUGUUAACAUUGUGCUGGAACAUGUCCGCUGACCCCAGCUCAAGCGCAUUAGCAUCGAUUGGCCGGACAGGUCAUGCCUGUGUGCAAUGCAGAUCGAGAAAUGCGGAGGUAUCACCUACGCUGUUAAGUGUCGAACAUGCACUACGCGGAAGGUCAAAUGCAGCUUCGAGGACGAGGUCAAGGAUCCGCGGUACAAUCCCUACCUUCGCCUCCGUUCAUCGCCGUCGCCUGCUGUCAGCCUCGAACAAGGAGAGCCCGACGAGGGUCAUUUUGCUCAUUUGGCUUCGGCUUCGGCUUCCUCGAUCAAUCAUCUGGCGCCGUUCGACGGAGGCAAUGCACAGGCAUUGUUGUCGUCAGUGCCGGCUGCCCCAGCAAUACCGUCUUCAAUUAAUGACGGAUUGGCGAAGGAGGUUGACUCGCUCAAAUCGCGGAUCGCCGACCUCGAGAAAGGACUCAGUACUGCUCAGAAAAGUCACGAUGAGAACAUAGGCACCCCGCGAUCUCGCGCCCUGACAUCAUUCAUGCUUCCUCCCGACGUUGGUUCUUCUCAUCAAGGCUAUCAAGUUGCUCCUGAAGCCUCUCUGGGAUCGAUAUCCUCCAAUGGCUUCUCCAGCCCCCAGGGUGUCGUCAUUACGGACGGCCCCUUGAAAACUGUCAACAAUUUUCAAAAGGAUAUUCCGCUCGACUUCCAGUCUCAAGAUCCCAUUGCGCGGUCGAUUGUCACGCAAGGAGAGGCGCAUGUCAUGUUCAGACUAUUCUUCUCCAGCUGUCACUCCAAUGCUCCUUUCCUCGAUGUAGGGAUGGACUCUGACGUGGAUCGCGUCCGCUCCACCAGUGUCUUACUGUUCCUUGCGAUUCUCUGUGUGGGCGCGCGAUUCUGGAGCGCUUCGUCGAAAACACCGUGCUGGCUUCACCCGCGAUACCCAGAGCUCAUCCGCCUCCUCGAUGCCGAGGUGAUGCGAGUAACAUUGCGCCCCGGACCCGACGACCAGAAGCUCGAAACAGUCCAAGCCCUAAUGCUUUGUGCACAUUGGAUACCCUUCGACCUUGCGGCCGACAGGAAACGAUAUCGAUCUCGCUUCUCUGAGGGAGGGGCGUGGCAGUGCUUAGGCUUGGCGAUCAGAUGGGCGACAUCUCUCGCGUUGGAACGGAGCUGCCAUGUCCCUUUCCAACGUCCUGAGACAGUGACGCGAACAGACGUGCGGCGCUUCCGUACUAUGCUAUACCUCAUAGAGAGCGACCACUACCUUGCAUUGUCUGCUCGACGUUCAUCUCACCUCAACCCUGAACCACUACAUGCAGUUCUCGACACCUUCCUGCAAGGUAAUUAUGUCCAGGACACAGACAUCCGCCUGGCAUCGUUGUUCCGAACCGCAUACGGCGCUCACUUCACCGGCUGCCGACCUACAACCAUUGAGAGCGUCGAGGCGUUCGACAAGGAUGUUCAGCUGAUCGAGCAGCAUUUCGCUUCGAGUCCAGGCGACCGAUCGCGAGAUUCUCUCGCUCAGCACUUUCCUUUCACCUCGCUACGAUGGUACCGACUGUCCUACGCAUGCGCAUUUCUCGACGUUACCGACCUGAGUCAACGAUCGGGAAAGGCUCUUACGUGGGCACUCGAGUGGGCUAGCCAGAUUCUUCUCCACUUGUCAAGACCACCAUCACUCAGUCCCCCAAACAAUAUGAACAUUCCGGCCCAGCUGGAGCCUGAUCCUAAUGUGGUCAACAUCAUGUCCUUUGCGAUCGACCACUAUCUUGUCGUCAUUGCUUAUGCCGCUUUCUUCCUCGUCAGCAGCUGGCUAAGCAACUCUACAGACUGUGAUUCAUCUCUCCAGUCUGGAACCUCAAACAUGCAGCUGACAGAUAUACAUAGUGAACCUCCGCCCUCACGUCCAACAGUCAGACACACCGCUUGGGGAAGAUGCAUCCAGCUCCUUGCUUUUCCGGCUGGUCGAUGUCGCCGCCCGCACCCUCGAGGCGGCCAGUCCUCCCGAAGGCCAUCUGGCACGCCGUUACAGCCCUCUGCUGCGAGGAAUGACAGACAUCAUUCUGUCCGGCAAUACGCAGGCACAACGUACGAACGGCGAGCAGAAUGCUGUGAUGACAGACACCAAUGAUCUGCCCGAUCAGCUACAGAGUAGUCUAGAAGGUGACUUGUGGGAAAUGUGGCAGCAGACCGGAC